UCUUGUGUGACAGAUUGUAUUGAGGACCUGAGGAACAGAGAACUGUGCACUGGGGGGCUCCAGAAAGCCGGGGAGACAGCUGGAGCUGCUGAAGGGACCACAUCUUGGGUCACUCUGGAUUCUCCUCUGAUCCUGAUGGUUCCCCUGCCUCAUGAGGGUUUUGGAUGUCUGUGAUUUCUCGUUUAUUAAUUUGUUGGAUUAAAACAAGAGGAGACAGAGAGCAGCUCUAGGAUCUGCUCUGGGUCCUGGUCUGUUAAAUGCUCUGUACCCAAGCAAAAGGCCCACUGUGAACCGGACCACCCUAACUUCUGUGUUCUUACAUUGUGCCGGAUACCGGUGGGGGAGAUGGAGGGAAAGGAGAAAACUAGACCAAGUCCGGAUUACUUGAUGCAGCUCAUGAACGAUAAGAAGCUGAUGAGCAGUCUGCCAAAUUUCUGUGGGAUAUUUCAGCAUCUGGAGAGACUCCUGGACGAGGAGAUCAGCCGUGUAAGGAAAGACAUGUACAUCGACACUCUGAACAGCUCUGGAAGGAUCAGCAAACUGCCUGAAGCCGUCGGUCCAAUCAUCCAUCUUCAGGAGAAACUGUACGUCCCCACAAAGGAGCAUCCUGAUUUUAACUUUGUAGGGAGAAUACUGGGUCCUCGUGGUCUGACAGCCAAACAGCUGGAGACAGAGACAGAAUGUAAGAUCAUGGUGAGAGGGAGGGGCUCCAUGAGAGACAGAAAGAAGGAGGAGCAGAAUCGAGGGAAGCCAAACUGGGAGCAUCUGAACGAGGACCUUCAUGUCCUCAUCACAGUGGAAGAUGCACAGAAUCGAGCUGAGGUCAAACUCAAACAAGCCGUGGAGGAGGUCAACAAGCUGCUGGUUCCUGCUGCAGAGGGGGAGGACAGUCUGAAGAAGAUGCAACUGAUGGAGUUAGCCAUCCUGAAUGGGACGUACAGAGACGCUAACAUCAAAUCCUCCUCCCUUGCCUUCUGUCUUGCAGCAUCCUCUCAGACUCCUCGUAUCUUCUCUGGUCCUGCCCCUGUCCUGGCCCAACCCACUGGCCUGCGUACCCCUGCCCCCACAGGCCCUACCCUUAUGCCUCUGAUUCGUCAGAUCCAGACAGUUCUGCCCAAUGGGACGCCUCACCCAGCAGCACUGAUGCCUGGGGCAGGGCCUGAGUCUGGUUUGAUCUAUGCAACACCAUAUGACUACCAGUAUGCUCUGGCAGCGCCGGCUUCCAUCUUGGAGUACCCCCUGGACUCUGGUGGGGUGUUGGGUAAGCCAUCCCAUCCCUGCUCAUGCGACUGCUCCCCUACACCACAUCACCACCCCCACAGCCAGUGGAGCCCAGUCCCCACAUUGCUCCUCAGACAUGCCUCCUGAAAGAUAUCAAACAAGUGCUCUGCAACAAUUCACCCACAAGCCUUGUUCACAGUUGAAGCCCGCAGUGAAGCCCACUGCUGGAUUGAGUUUUGACCAAUAAGACUCAACAGAGUUUUGUACAGAGUUUAUCAUUUAAGUUAUUGUUAUGAUUUUUUCUGGGAAUCGUAUGACUCAUGCUGUUCUCCCAAUAAAUCUCCACUCUGAAAUAAAUUAAAUAAUAAGACAUUUGUUUUUACUUUAAAAUUGUAUAUCUUAUUAAUUAAAGUAUUUUUUCCAAGUUAUUUUGCUCAAACAUAAAGAUCAACAGUGAACUGAGCAUUCAGGUACAACUGCAUUCACUGUGUUAUUACUGUCAUCUGAUUGGCUGAAGACUAAACUGUAUUGUUUUUGACAUGUUUGUCAUACUGUAAAUGUUCUUCAUAUCACACACAGAAGCACCGUUGUAUUAAAAACCGAUCACACUCAUCACAGUCCAUGACAUUGUGUGACUGACGGGUUCA